GGCAGCACAGAAGGCGGUACAAAGAGUACAACUGGAGGCACUUGCAGUUGCAACAGUUUCCUUAGAGGCUGUGGCAUGCUCAGUGAGCUGCAGGGACGCUAACACAUUCAGCUACUAUUUGGAGAUGUAGGAAUUCCAGCAAUCUUUUAACGAACAGAUGUAGGCUACUAGGUGAGAGGUACAACAGCAUAGCUCAAGCUGGCUAAAAAGCAGUACUCAUGCUGCUAUGUAAUCAAAACAAGAUCUUAGUAUCAAGAUGGCCGACCUGGAAGUCUGCUUGUAGCUCAUUCUGCUUAUGCAAAUGAGCUGCACGUCAGUGGCUUACUCACAGGAGGAAGCUCAUUUUGCACGUGCCAUCCUCUCACCAGUUCUUUCUGAAUUUUUUAAGGGUUAAGAUGGAGAGCACAGAGGAACCUCAGAAAAAAGUCUUCAAAGCACGGAAAACAAUGAGAGUAAGUGAUCGACAACAACUUGAAGCUGUCUAUAAGGUUAAAGAGGAGCUGUUGAAGACAACUGAAGUGAAACUGUUAAAUGGUAAACAUGAGAAUGGAGAUUCUGAUAUAAAUUCCCUUUUGAGCAAUACAGACUGUACAGAAGACAAGAAAGAAAUUAAUGGCAUUGUUGACUUGUGUGUUAACUCUGAAGAAGGAAGACCAGCUUGUGAUGAAAUUAGUGAGACCAAAAGCUCUGAAAGUAGGGCAGAAAACAUAGUCAAUGACAUAGAAUCCAAAUCGCCAAUGCUGAAUGUUACUGAGAAUCUUACUCCCGAGCAAGCUAAAGAUACUGACAUUGCAGUAAAAUGUGAGGCUGAAAAUGGAGUUGGUAGUAGUAAAGGUAACUUCCAUGAAGAAAAUAAUAGAAAUAGUCAUUUGGACCAAAGGAAGAAUGAUAUCCCAUUGGAAGGUGAAAGUAAAUCAGUCUGUGAUAUUAGUGACUCUUCUGAAGAGAAGGGAGAAACAAGUGAUUUACCUGUUAAUUCCAGUUCAUCUGGUGAGGGAGAGAGGAUUGAAGAAGUAACUGUUGAGGAGGUUGUUGGAGAAGCAGCCAUCUCUAGCAGUAUGGAAGCUGACCAGGAAAAACAAGAAGGCAGUGCAGGACUUUCAGAAACCACUGUUUCAAAGACAAUAGAUGAGCCAAGUGAAAGUAUCUUGGACAAUACUGACUGUAUGGAAACAGAUGACAUUAUUCCAAUUUUGGAAAAACUAGCCCCUGCUGAAGAUGAUCUGGGCUGUUUUUCUAAAAGUUCUCUGCUUCCAGUGGAUGACACAGUCCCAGAUUUAGAAGAGAAAAUAGACAAUGGUUUGGGUUCACCAUCCAAGCAGGAAAUCAAUGAAAGUCUGCCAAAAGAGGCAUUCUUAGUACUGUCUGAUGAAGAGGAUCCUUGUGAUGAGAAGGAGGAACGUGUUGAAGUGAUACUACCAAACAAGUCAGUUGUUCCAGAAGAGGAGGAGAGAAAAAAGGAGUGUGAAGAUAAAGAAGAAGAGAACCACAAAGAAGAAGAGAACCAAAUAGAGAAAAGUGAAACAUCAAAGAGAAAGCGUUCCAAAUCUGAGGAUAUGGACAGUGUUCAUUCUAAACAUCGUCGGUACAUGGGAGAAGAUUAUGAAGCAGAACUCCAAGUACAAAUUACAACCAGAAAGGAUGUUGACCUAAAAUUACAAAAGAUUAUCCAGAGACUGUUAGAAGAAAAACUUAACGCUUUACAGUGUGCGGUAUUUGACAAGACUCUGGCAGACUUGAAAACCCGAAUGGAGAAAGUAGAUUGCAACAAGAAGCAUAAAACUGUGCUUACUGAAAUGCAGGCUAAAAUUGCAAGAUUGGCAAAGAGGGUUGGAGCAGCCAAGGAGGACUUGAAGAAGAGACAGGAGAAUGUGGCAAAUGCACCUGUGUCUCCAGGGAAAGCAGCAUCUGACACUGCAAAUGUAAACAAUGCCACUUAUCGAAAUGCUGGCACAGUGAGGCAAAUGUUGGAGUCAAAGAGGAGUGUAGGAGAGAGCACACCAGCAACUUUUCAAGCCCCUGUGAAUCCAGUGCCUGCUUCCAGUCUUGCUACUCCUCCAGCAGUUGUCAGUGGACAUCCUAAGCUUCAGACUCCAGUGUCCUCCACCAGCUCUUUGACGACAGCAGUGCUUCCCACAGCUAACACGGCUACAGUUGUAGGCACUAACCAAGUGCCCACUGGCAGCACUCAGUCAGUGUCUGUCUCAUUGCAGUCUUUGCCUGUAAUCCUGCAUGUACCUGUGGCAGUGUCAUCCCAGACUCAGCUUCUGCAAAGCCACCCAGGGACUUUGGUCUCUAACCAGCAGUCAGGCAACGUUGAAUUUAUAUCUGUACAAAACUCGUCUACAGUUGGUAGUCUUACAAAAACUACAGUGUCUUUGGCAUCAACUAACACAACUAAACCAAAUAACAUCCCACAUGUACCCAGUCCUGGUAUUCAGCGGAGCUCUACGGCUGGUGCUGGGUCAAUAGGCACAACGUUGGCGGUACAGGCUGUUCCUACUACACAUCCUGUUCCUCAGACCACAAGGACUUCUUUGCCCACAGUGGGUACUCCAGGACUUUAUAAUGCAACCACCAGUCGAGCACCCCUACAGAUGAAGAUUCCUCUCUCUGCUUUUAGUAAUACAGCUCCUACUGAUCCACCCACCAUUGCAGCACCCAAGAUAGAAAACCAGACAAGCAGGCCACCAACAGAUACUUCGGCAAACAAGCGACCUGCUGAGGGAACAUCACAGCAGUUGAAACAGGAAGAGACUUCAUCAGAAAAUAAAGAAGCAAUAGAAGGAGCACAGAUGAAUUUUAACUUCCCUGAGGAUGUCCUCUUUGGCUUGGAGGAAGAGGAAGAGGAUGCUAAGAGCAUCAAAAACACCUACAAGCAGACUGGCUGGGCAGCUAACCUAUUAAAACAGUGGCUGGCCAAAAAUGGCAAGGAUCCUAGCUUUGAAUUGGUCCCAGUAAGUGAACUCAAUGAUAUUUUAAGAGAGUUUUAUUACACAAUAAGAAAUCAUGAUGGAAAUACCUACAGUGUGGCAAGCUACAAGUCAAUGCGUGCUGGCUUAAACCGGCAUCUCAAAAUGCCACCUUAUAAUCGUCAGAUUUGCUUAAUGAAGGACAAAGAGUUUGCCAGUGCAAACAUGGUGUUUGUGAGUGUGCUGAAGAUGCUGCGCAUGCAGGGAAAGGAUGAGACUCACCAUCAUCCCCCUAUAGCUGCUGAGGACUUGCAUAAGAUUAAACAAUCUGGUGUGCUGGGUUUGCACAGUCCCCUGGCACUCGUCAACAAGGUGUGGUUUGAUUUGCAGUUGCAUUUUGCCAAGCGAGGGAGGGAAAUUCUAAGAGAUCUGGCUCCAGAUGCAUUUGUUGUUGAGAAGGACAAGAACGGGCGUCGAUACGCUAUGUUUAGAUAUCCUGGCAAAGGCAAAAAUGGAGAAGAUCCUCAUAAAAUGGGUAAAAUGUAUGAUAUGCCUGGGGACCCAAACUGUCCUGUUUUUUCCUUGGAACUUUAUUUGUCCAAGUUGCCUCCAGAGCCCCCUGCCUUUUACCUGCACCCUCUAAAGCUAACGUCAGAGCAAAUGCAAGAACAGCCUGUCUGGUACAAAAGGGAACCAAUGGGUGUGAACUACCUGGGUACCAUGAUGCCCAGGAUAAGUGUGGCAGCCAAGCUCUCUCAGCGGUACACCAAUCAUUCUCUCCGAACUACCACCAUCCAGCUACUCUGUGAAGCAGGACUGGGGCCUAGGGAAAUAAUGGCAGUGACAGGCCAUCGCUCUGAGUCUGCUGUUAGGCACUACUGGGGAUCUACAGAGGUUUGCUACAGGGCUUGGUCAGAUAUAAUGGAAAAUAAUGCCCCCAAUUAUCGGUAUACCAAGAUCCCAAAUGAAGUGAUAAAAGAAUCAGUACCUGGUGCAUCCACCUCUUCUGUAAAAUGUAUUUUUCUAGAACAAAACAAAAUUUUAUUCCCAACAAAAUCUGUGGUGCCACCUGGCACUAACUCUGUGGCUUUAGUCCCUGAGGGACACCCAGCUGUGAAUUGCAAAAGCCCGGUCCUGUUGAAUCGCAGCUCCUCCAAGGUGUUUCUCCCCAGGGACACCACCAGUGGGAGCCAAACUGCCAGUUCCCUUCAAGGCUGUUGUAGCAAACCUGACUUUAUAAAGCGUGUGGUAAAACAAGAACCAAUGACUUGAUGCUUUUGUAAUAGAACUGAUUUCAGACGAAUUGCUAAAAUGGAAAAAUUAUCAGAUUUGGUUUUUUUACUUGGUCUAUUAAGGAAAUUUCUUAUGGUCUGGUUUAGCAAGGAGUAUCUUGUUCACACUCAAGAUGUGAGCAUGGAGCAGAAAUUUAAACGGAGCAGGGCUUGAAGUUUAUAUGACUUCUUGUGGCAGCUGGGACUCUUCCAAGUGGCUGAGUAGAGCAAUUUAAAAAACAUUAAAUUGAGAUAUUGAUUUCCACUUAGCUGAAGAUAUGUUCUCUUCACUAAGAGUGUGGCUUUUAUAUUUUGUGAAGAGUGCUGUUUAUCAUACCAUUUUGUGCCUACUGGCACAAAUGUAGCAUCUUACACAUCAAAUACUUGAUUACUGAAGAGCACCAAGAAAAUAGGAGCUGAAUGAAAUAGACACAGAUGCACUACAAAUAUAUACAUACACAUGUAAACACCUGGAAUUCCUUAACCACUGUCACCCUCUGUUCAAAUUGAUAUCAGACCUACCAGAGGACUGUGCCGUUAUUUUCUUAAUUUUUAAGCCUUCUUCUAAAUUGAUUUUUCUCUGUGAGCUGAGGAUUUGCAUUGCAGGUCUUUCCUUUUCCUAUUUAAUAAUUCUGGCUUAAGAUUCCAGUCAUUCUGUUCUCUGGGGGCACUAUUGAUACGUGUAGUAUUAAAAUUGGGAUCUCUUCAGUUGUGUCUGAAAUGGGGAAAACAUUCUCAAAAGAGCUGAAAGCAAUUUCUUGCUUAAGUGGGAGGCAAUUAGUGUUUGUUUUGUCUCUGUGCCUAACUUGUGAGAGGGUUUUUUUUGUAUUUUCUAUCACCAACCCCCUUCAUUACAUGUCACAUUAUCUUUGCACUCUAGUCUUUGUCAGUAUAUAUAAUUUGCAAGAAGUACAUCUUGUUCUUCCCCACUGAACCCUGUCCAAAUAUUAUUUUUGGUUUUAACUUCUUAAGAUUAGUAAACUGGUCCUGUCAUCUUUUCCAUAGAUUGUUACGAGUUAGAAAUUCUCAGCAUAGUGGAUGUGAAUAAUUUUCAUCAUGGAUUCUGACAAAAGAUGUUCCUGUAAAUAAAAAUAGAAAACUGGUAAUAGAAUCACAGAUUACGGUUGGUCCACUUUGGAAGAAGAAACAGUGUAGCAUUUAGAACUGUUUUCCAUUAUAUUAACAGUGUAAUGGAAAUUGCUUUGUCCUUUUCAAAUGUGUAUACACACAUGCACUUCACACUCACAGUUCAGCACAGUAAGGACUUCACUUGAAGUAUUGAUGCUGCUGAACAAUGGACAAAAUAGAGAAAAAUUCCAGCUGAAAUGACAAAUUGACCAUGGAGAACUUCCUUGCUGGCAUAGGCUUUCAAAUUUUGAAUGAGACUUAAUCACUCUGUUAUAGUGUAUAAUUGAUACAGACACUGUUAUAGUCUGUACAGAGGACUUGAUGCCUGAAUUUUGAAGUUUUUAUCUUGGCUGAUAAUAUUUACCUUUGUGGCCUUGUAUAGAUUAUUCAUACUUACUGCAUCAAUUUUCCAAAGUGUAAGACCAACACAGUGCUCCAUUUUCUAAGGGAUCAUGAUGAAGGCUAAAAGGUUUUAAAAGUUCUUCAGUGAUCUUAAACUCAUCUAUGAUUGAGAUAGUUGAUCAGAUGUAAUUGUUAAUAUAGAAAUUACAGUCCUACUUCCUUAGUAGGAGCAUUAAUUCAUGACAUCAGUGACUAGAGGAAAUAAGGCAUGGAUCAUUUUGUCAAGCCUAAAUCAAUUAGAGAUAGUAGAGAAAAGUGAUCCUUUCUAAUGACAAGAAGGAAAAAUAAAAAAUAAAGGGCAAACGGUUCUCAAAAUACAGGACUGUGCAGUAACUUAUUCUAGGAUAUUUUACGGUAACAUACAUUUCCAAAUUUUAGGGAUUUAUAGAACUCAUAAUCCAGCAAAACUGGCAAAAUUUAUUUCUAAAUUUAUUCUAAACUUUCACCAGAAUGGGGUAUGUAUUACUGUCCCCUGCCCGCCAAAUGUUCGUGCCUUUGUCUCAGGUAGUUGCUUCUUCCAGUAUAUUGGCAUUGACAUUUAUCCUCCAGAAACAAGAGAAGUGUGUUACCAGGAGAUGAUCUUGUGUUCCCUCUUGCUGCAUACUGUGGUCAUACUGAGCACAUGCCCUGCUCUGCAUCUACCUGCAUCUUGCCUGACUUAGUGCAACAGCAAGUUGCUGAUGGCUUCAUACUUAACGCAAAUCUAGUUGGUGAUUAAAACAGAAAAAGGGACUCUUUUGGCCAAUAUUGACUUGUCUCUCAUUCUUUUUGAUUAUCAUUUGGCUCCUAACUUGACUUCCGUUCUGUUGGUUUAUGAUUGGGUAUUUUUCGAUUCCCGUUUGUUAAAUUCUCAUUUUGUUGGCAGCAACUGUACAGUGUCCUCUUACUACCUUCAGUUUGAACCUGAUACUUCAAAGCUACUGACUGCAAUAUUACUAUCUUCAGGGGUUUUGUGUGGGAGAAUUUUUUUUUUUUUUUUUUUUUAAUUAGAAAGUAUUCCUCGUUUGGGCUGUAAGUAUUAUUGCUUCACAAGACCUGGGAUUAUUAUUUACUAAGCUUUCUGGUAAAUUUUGAAUUAUUUCUGAUUAGUAGAACAUCUUUAUAACCUUUCAGAACUGAGAAAAUCUUUCUCCUAUUUCCCCUCCCACCUGAAGUGUUAAAUGAAUAUUUCCUACAUGUAUUUUAUUUCUAUAAAAACUGAAGUAAACCAAAUGCAUAUUUUAUGGCUUUUGUAAAGUCAGUUUUGGCUGAGUACAGUGAUACGGGGAGGAGGGAGUCAAAUUUCAAGUCAGUGCUGUUCGUGGCAGUACAUGUACACAUGGUUGUGCUGUGUGAACAUAAUGAAUUCUAUUAAAAUGGACAUGAAUUGGACUCAGUUCCAGUAUCAGCAGAGAACCUCAAACAGCAGGAUAACAGUGUUUGGGGGGGGGGGGUUUCCCAUUAUUUUUCUGCUAGAAGUGAACCUGUUAGGUGAACUAGCAGUUUAAGUAUAGAUUGUUUUUCUAAAUUAGAUUUAUACGUAGGCUGCAAAUUUAAUGCAAAAUCGCCAGUCAUCAAUUAAAAUUCACUUUAAAAAUCCAAAUAUAAUAAAUAUUAUUUGAAAGAAAAUUAUCUUUUAUGAUGCUUGGUUUUUUCUAAUUAGAUCUUCUCCUAAAAUAAGACUGUUUCAUUCAGUUGCAAAAAAAUCCCUAAAAAGCAAAACCAACAAAACAACCCCCCCACCAGAAACCACUAAAACAAAAAAACAAAACCCCACAAAAACAAGCACUUAGUCUAAGUCAACUAAAUUAAUACUGACUGUUAUACUAUUAAAUUCCAUUUUCUUUGAUGGAGAUGACCCUGAAAACAGUGGCUAAUGACUGGUUCCUUACAUAAUGCUUCCAUAAUUUAGUUUUGCAUCUCAUUUUCAUAAUUCAGCUUUGGUACUAGUGUUGUGAAUAUAGAAUAUAUUUUCCCUGUGUUUUCCUGUUAAGUUUGGAAAUCUCAGCUGUUACUUUAAGGGCCACUCUUAAUUACUUUUUGUUUUUAUGAAUCUGGCAUGGUAUCUUAAAGCAUGUUAAAUUUUCUUUGCUUACAUACACCUUCUCUGUACCAUGUGGAGAGCUUCACUGUGCUCAAUGUCAAAUACCUGAAGGCAUUGGAAGGAUACUUUGGAACUGAAUUUGUACUUGGGUUUGUUGUGGUUUUAGUCUAGUACCUCCGGUUAUCUUGAACUGAACAGCAUUUCAGUAGCUACUGUUUAGGUCAGUAUAGUAAAGUUUUCAGUAUGCAGCUUGGGCGUAUGAUUUUGCUGUAUGGCUGUUUCUUCUUUUCAGCCUUUCUCUCUGUUUCUUGCUCCAGAAGGAGUGGCUGCAGGGAUGUGCAAGGGGACAGCUUACUACUUGUGUUAGUCUUUCAUCUUCACCUUUUUUCUGUGUACACAGAAAUUUAAGGGCUCUUACUCAGUCCCAGUCAUUUUACCAGUGGCCGUUCCAGUGCCUUGGGUCCUUGAGUUGCGUUUCUGAAGAAGACAUGACAAGCAUUUCUUCUGUAUCGGGGCAAAUGUUAUUGUUGCAGAGUCAAAGGCAUUUUUAAUUAUAUAGCAAAUCUUUAGAAUGGUUUUAAAGUAUUUUAGUACAAAUCCCAGUUAUAGAUACAGGAUUUAUAUAUAUAAUAUAUUAAUAUAGCUAUGGUAUACUAAGAGAAUCUAUUAAAGCAGUUUUGUUACACUUUAACAUAAACAGUGAACAAAUUUUAACAGGGUAUGAUGUGUUGAAAAUGUCUAGCAUAAGUCAAUCUUCUAGAAUGUUUACAUUAUAUUUAUUAAAAAGCCAGGUCAAGAGAAUAGUCUUUUUUUUCGUGUUUCCUGCUUCAUGUGCACCUUGUCCUCUUAAGGAGUAGAUCUAGUCUUCAGUCUAAAUUUCAUCUGUGCAUUUCACUUUGCAGCUACUAUUAGUUUAUUAAAUAAAAGUCUACCACUGUCUUACUCAUUUCCUAUUGUUUCUGACAUAUCUUCAUUUCUUUGGUUGAGCUACAGUUCAAUUUAAGCUAUUUUACUGACUGUUGGAAAUUACUGUGGUAAAGCAUUAAUAAAGUACAUUUAUAACUCCUAUCUCUUUACUCUGCAAUGUGUAAAAACUUUGAGUGUCUGUUGGGAAAUAAUGUGAGCAUAGUGGAUAUGUCAGCUUACUAUUUAUAAGCGGCUAUUAAUUCUGUGUUGUUGAAGCAUUAUUGAUU